CGAAUAUGAACUAGAGACAAACAACCAACUACGACCCGACCCUUCUUACAAGAUCAUAUGCAACUUUGAGCUUAUACUAUCUGUAGCUGUCUAAUAUUAGCAUGUUAGAGUUAAGAUGGAAGAUGGUUAUGAAGAGGACUUUAUAAUCUCGCUUUGCCUGGAUCAUUGAAUGAUAUUAUCGGAAUUUGAAGUUAUUUGUUGUGAUGUCUAGAGAAAAGCGAGGUUUAAGGUCUAUUUUACUUAAAUUUGGGGUUGUUGUUGCCAUCUCUUCCGCUGGAUUGCUUUAUGCACGAAUUAGAACCAGAAAGACCAAACGGCAUUUGCCUUCUCCAACUCUAUCACGGCGUGUUUCAGAUUGUUGCAGUGAGGAAGUUGGUGAUUGUGCUGAAGCCGAUGUUUCGGACUUAAGGAUGGCACCAGCUUCUGGUCCUCAGAAAGAAAUAUCGGCUGAAAAGGAUGAUGAUGAUGAGCUAGAGAUCAAGCGCCUUAGAAAAAUGGUAAGAAUGCUUGAGGAGAGGGAGAGGAAUCUCGAGGUCCAGAUGCUGGAAUAUUACAGCCUUAAAGAACAAGAGGCAAAGGUCCUGGAGCUCCAAAACCAGCUGAGAGAAAACAAUAUGGAGGCUAAGCUUUUUACUCUCAAGAUUGCAUCCUUACAGUCGGAAAACCAGAGAUUAGAAAAUCAGGUUGCUCAUCAUUCAAAAGUCGCAGCCGAGCUUCAGGCUGCUAAAUCGAGAAUUAUUGUGCUCAAAAAGAAACUUCGGCACGAAUCUGAGCAGAAUAGAGAGCAUAUUCUGAACGUUCAAAAGAGGGUUGCUAAAUUACAGGAAGAACUCAAGGCUCCUGUGGAUAAUAGUGAUAUUGAAUCAAAGUUAAAAAGGCUAAAGGAUUUGGAAGGCGAGGCAGAAGAGUUGUGGAAAUCUAAUACCAGGUUGCAGAUAGAAAAUUCUGAACUGGCUCGGAAGUUGGAGUCAACCCAAAUCCAGGCAAAUUCUGUUUUGGAGUCAGAAGUAAUAAACAAAAAGCAAGAACGUCUGAUGCUAGAAAAUGAAGAGUUGAAGAAGCAAAUUGAACAGCUACAGGAAGACAGAUGCAGUGAUGCGGAAGAGCUGGUGUAUCUCCAAUGGGUGAACGCUUGCUUGCGGUACGAGCUGAGGAAUUUUCCACCCAUCCCCGGUAAAACAGUUGCUAGAGACCUCAGCAAAACCCUAAACCCGGAAUCGGAGGAGAAAGCCAAAAAGCUAAUACUUGAAUAUGCGCACACACAAGAAACGGGGGAUAGAGGCACGGAUUUUGACUUUGAUCAUUGGUCAGCCUUCUAUGGUUCCGACAACGGCCAAGUAGAUGAUUCUACCACAUUCGGGAAUUCACCUGCCAAGAAAACUCCCAACUCAAGAAAAACAAAGUUUUUAAAUAAACUUGGGAGAUUAAUACUGGGAAAAGUUGGUUCUGCAUCAUCAAGGAAAAGUGCUGCUGAUUCUCCCGCUUGGAGUUCAGGUAGAGGGAUCGAUUUCGUAAACAUGGUACAAAGCAAGAGUGAUAGAUGGUUUGCUACACCAUCGGAUACUUCAUCUUCAGCCACAUUUGAUGUUGAUCAAGUCAAGGCCGUUGAUAAAUUCCGAAGGAACAGCGACCUGGGCUUCUAUGGAUACAGAAGAUUCGGAUCAGCCAGGGAUGAUGCUCUAGAACCUCAACUCCAUCAAGGUUUCUAUUCCCAUCAGAGAUCCGACGUUAUGAAGUUUGCGGAGGCUUUAAAGCAGUCGGGAACAGAAAGACGACAGAUUCACAAGAGAGCAUCUAGCAUUAUGUAAUUUCUAGUUUGACCCAAUGGCUUGUAAAAGACUUCAAAUUCUCCAAAUAAAAACGCAUCUCCCUUUUCUCUUAA